GUACUAUCUUAAACACUGAUCCAAACAAAGUAUCAACCAAAACAAGUACGAAGCCAGAGCUAGCCCAAAGACGGAUCUUACUCUUCUUUUCGGCUAAUUUUUGCUCGCUUAUUACCAGAUUCAACCAGCUAUGGCGGUCCGAUCAACAGGCCACUUGAAAAGUAUGGUGCAUAGGUUAAGAACUUACACGACGGCGACCAUACCGAGAUCCAAAGCGUACUCUACAGCGGCGGCAAAGUACGGUGGCGAGAGAACCACCACCACCACAACGGCGGCUACCAAGGGAGACUUCGUACCCAUUUACGUCUCCAUCGGAAUGAUUUCAUUGUCCGUUUCCUUCGGUGUCUACACGGCGUAUCAUCAUCUCCACGAAAACCCAAGCGUGCGUGUCAACAAGAAGACGAGGGCGACUGUUUCCGAGGUUGAGGAUCCUGACAGGGUCGUUAACGAAGCGGACCGGUUUGCGAACAGGUCGUGGUUCAGGAAAUUGGCUCACGUUCAAGAGUACGACAAGCAGGAUGUGAUUCCCGACCCAAUCAGGAAAGACCAGUUCGCUCAUAAACCUCGUGCCCCCUUGACGCUUAAGGAUGUUGGUGUUGAUCCUAAGAUGUCGGCUGCUACGCCUCAUUGAACUGUGUAGAACGAGUUCUAUGUUUUUUUUUCCGUCUAAAUAAUAUAUAGCAUCUCUUAAUGAGAUCAUCAAGAGAUAUAAAAGAUGGGUCGAUUAAGGUUUUAAUCUUUGUUGUCUGAAUGUAUUAAAGUGUAAUCAUCGUGUUACUAAAGAGCAUGUGAAUAUAUCUAAUCGAAUUUUGGUUCCUCACUAA